GCAAGGAAGACGGCUAACAGCUCUCGGCUGUCGAAGGAGCUCUUUGAAAUCCAUGUGAACGCAGCGCUUGUCUCCUUCGAGAGGCUGUCAGCGACUCCGCUGGGCCCAAGGGGAAGGCUACGAUACGCGCUGGUCAUGCUGCUGUUGCUGCCUGGUACAGCCUCCUUCUACGUGCCUGGAGUGGCUCCGAUCAACUUCCACCGCAAUGAUCCUGUGGAAAUAAAGGCCGUGAAGCUCACCAGCUCGCGGACCCAGCUGCCGUACGAGUACUACUCGCUGCCCUUCUGCCAGCCCACCAAGAUAACGUACAAGGCCGAGAAUCUGGGUGAGGUUCUUCGGGGGGACCGAAUUGUAAAUACGCCUUUCCAGGUUUCCAUGAACGUGGAGAAGAAAUGUGAAGUGCUGUGCAACGUUCCCAACAAGCCCGUUACUCUGACGGUGGAGCAGAGCAAGCUGAUCGCUGAGCGCAUCAGGGAAGAUUACUACGUCCAUCUCAUUGCGGAUAAUCUCCCUGUGGCAACGCGGCUGGAGUUUUAUUCUAACCGUGAGGAAGAGGAGAAGAAGAAGGAGAAGGAUGUGCAGUUCGAGCAUGGAUACAGGCUUGGGUUCAUGGAUGCUAACAAGUUCUACCUGCACAACCACCUCUCCUUCAUCCUCUACUACCACAGAGAGGACGUGGAAGAGAACCAGGAGCCCACCUACAGGGUUGUGCGCUUUGAAGUGAUUCCCCAGAGUAUUAAACUGGAAGACCUGAAGGCUGAUGAGAAGAGCAUGUGCACCCUGCCUGAAGCUACGGGCUCUGCCCCUCAGGAGAUAGAUCCUUCCAGAGAGAACCAGUUGCUCUUCACCUACUCCGUUCACUGGGAGGAAAGCGACAUUAAAUGGGCUUCCCGCUGGGACACCUACCUGACCAUGAGUGACGUGCAGAUCCACUGGUUUUCCAUCAUUAACUCGGUGGUGGUCGUCUUUUUCCUCUCGGGUAUUCUCAGCAUGAUCAUCAUCCGAACACUCCGGAAGGACAUCGCCAACUACAACAAGGAAGAUGACAUUGAGGAUACCAUGGAGGAAUCUGGUUGGAAACUUGUGCAUGGAGAUGUCUUCCGGCCUCCGCAGUAUCCCAUGAUCCUCAGCUCUCUCCUGGGCUCUGGAAUCCAGCUCUUCUGUAUGAUGUUUGUUGACAUCUUUGUUGCCAUGCUGGGGAUGCUGUCACCUUCUAGCCGGGGCGCGCUGAUGACUACCGCCUGCUUCCUCUUCAUGUUCAUGGGGUGGGUCGACGGACUCGGGAGAGGGAGGCGUCUGGCUGAGGUUCACGCGCUUUCUCUUAACGCACGUUUGCUCUUGCAGACAGCCACCCUCUACCCGGGCGUUGUGUUUGGGAUCUGCUUUGUCCUCAACUGUUUCAUCUGGGGGAAGCACUCCUCUGGAGCGGUGCCUUUCCUGGCCUUGCUCUGCAUGUGGUUUGGGAUCUCCUUGCCCUUGGUCUACCUGGGUUACUACUUCGGAUUCCGGAAACAGCCCUAUGACAAUCCCGUACGGACAAAUCAGAUUCCCAGGCAGAUCCCGGAGCAGAGGUGGUACAUGAAUAAAUUUGUUGGGAUUCUCAUGGCUGGCAUCCUGCCCUUCGGAGCGAUGUUCAUUGAACUCUUCUUCAUCUUCAGC